CUCUCUCUCUCUCUCUCUCACUCUCUCCAAGUCUCAAACAACAGCUAUCUUCCAAUCCGUCUCUCUGUGUUUUGUUCUUAUAUAUAUAUAUAUUUUUUCCUUUCAUUUCGUAGAGCAACCACCAAGGUGUCAUCAUUUGAAACCCAUCUUUCCUUCAUUCUUUUCCUCCUUUAAUGGUUUAGGUUUUGCUUUUCUCUCUCUCUCUCUCUCUCUCUCUCGUGCUUGGUAGGUUGUGCCGUUGAAUUCGAUGGGCCCUAAACUCCACUGAUCGAUUAAUGGUGACAGAGGGUCUCCAUCUCGUCUUUCAAUGUUCUCUCUCUCCUCUCUUCUCUCUCUCUCUUUGCCUCCAUUUUCCCUCCCCUCUAGCAUUUUGGGGAUUUUUAGCUUGUCUUAAUUUCUCUCUCUCCGAUAAAAUUUUGUGGUCUCUAAUGAUACUUCAAUGUUGGUCUUUCGAUUCUCGACAUGGGUUUUGAAGCUUGUGUGCUAAACUUUGUUGGGUUCAUUUCAAUUUUGAGUUUCUCCGGUUGUGGUUCGUGGGUUUUUGAUUGCAAAGUUUCGAGCUUUUGAUUCAUUUUUUUAGCUAGUUUUGAGUCGACCCAUGAAUUUUGGGAGCAUUUACAUGUUUUGGGCAUAGAGAAUUUGAUAAGAUAUUCUGACUAGAGAUGUUAGAAAUUGGGCUAAAAUUGUGAAGCUGAAUUCUGGAUAUAUAUAGUGUGUGUGUGUGUGUGUAUACUGAUGGGUGAAAUUGGUGUGUGAUGUGUAAAGCAUUUAGGGGCUUUUCUGUCUGUUUGAUCCAAGACAUUAUGAUUGAGAGAUUUGUAUUUGAUUUUUGAGUUUGAAACUUUUGUUGUUGUUGGUGAGUCUCUGGUAAUUGGUUGAGCAAGUCCACAAGGGAUUAGAAGAAUGGACAGAAUGAUACAGCCACCACUGGUUGAUACUACGGCAUGUUUAUGUAGAGUAGAUGCUGGCCUCAAAACUGUUGCUGGAGCCAAAAAAUAUGUUCCCGGGACAAAGCUCUGUCUUCAACCUGACAUUAAACCAUCCAUUCAUCCAACAAGAAAUAAGCCAUCACGUGGCGAUAGAAGUAGAAACCCGAACCAAUCACCUCUGCUUCCUGGACUUCCUGAUGAUCUUGCUAUUGCAUGCCUAAUACGGGUCCCAAGAGCUGAGCACCGUAAACUCCGGCUAGUCUGCAAAAGAUGGUACCGUCUUUUGGCUGGUAACUUUUUUUACUCCCUUAGAAAGAGCCUUGGCAUUGCAGAAGAAUGGAUAUAUAUCAUUAAGAGAGACCGAGAUGGUAAAAUUUCAUGGCAUGCCUUCGACCCCGUAUACCAACUUUGGCAGCCUCUUCCUCCUGUACCCAGGGAGUAUUCUGAAGCUCUUGGGUUUGGUUGUGCUGUUUUAAGUGGUUGUCACCUCUACUUGUUUGGGGGAAAGGACCCGCUGAAGGGAUCAAUGAGACGAGUCAUCUUUUAUAGUGCCAGAACCAAUAAAUGGCACCGUGCCCCAGAUAUGCUCCGUCGGCGGCAUUUCUUUGGCUCGUGUGUCAUAAAUAACUGCCUGUAUGUUGCUGGUGGGGAGAAUGAGGGGGUACAUCGGUCCUUGAGAUCAGCUGAAGUGUACGAUCCAAACAAGAACAGAUGGUCCUUCAUCUCUGAUAUGAGCACUGCAAUGGUACCCUUUAUUGGGGUUGUGUACGAGGGUAAAUGGUACCUGAAGGGGCUUGGCUCUCACCGCCAGGUUCUCAGUGAGGUCUACCAACCAGAAAACGACAGCUGGUACCCUGUCUAUGACGGAAUGGUAGCAGGUUGGAGGAAUCCAAGUGCUUCUCUAAACGGAAACCUUUAUGCUCUGGAAUGCAAGGAUGGCUGCAAACUUAGGGUAUAUGAUGAAGUGACUGAUUCUUGGAGCAAGCACAUUGACAGUAAGAUGCAUUUGGGGAAUUCCCGAGCUUUAGAGGCAGCCGCUCUUGUUCCUCUUAAUGGUAAACUGUGCAUCAUUCGAAAUAAUAUGAGCAUCUCCCUUGUGGACGUUUCGAAAUCAAGUGAUGUAAGCGGGGCUACCGCAGAACAUCUGUGGGAAACCAUAGCAGGAAGAGGGCAAUUCAAGACUUUGGUCACAAAUCUGUGGUCGAGCCUUGCUGGUAGGAACCGCUUGAAGAGUCACAUAGUUCAUUGCCAGGUCCUUCAAGCUUAAGAUUGUAAAUUAUAUCAGAAUCAAACUUUAGAGCCUUUUGUUUUAUAUAUAUGUUUACCUAAACACAGGAUUUUGAUGGGCUGUGAUAUGCAAAGGAAGCCACUAGAGCACUGCUAUUGGGCUCCUUGGAGCUGGGGACUUGAAACAACAAGGGUGGGACCCACCUUUUUGUCAUGUGUGCCCCAGCUCCCGGGAGCCCCAAAGCAUUUUUGGCUUUGCUAAGGGAUGCAAAAGGUCCAUUGUUGUUGUCAACCUGUAACAUGAGCAUACUAGAUAGAUGAGGAUGUUUGUUUCUCUGCUCUUUCUUUUGUCACAUAUAUUAUAUGAUACAAAAUGUCAAUUAUUAAAAGUAGAAAAUUAUGUGGAGAUGAUCUUCUGUUGUUGU